GGGCGCGGCGUUGGUCCCUGGUAAACAGAGCGGCGCGGCGGUGGUGGCGGGGCCCGGGUCUCACAAAGGGGUCGAUGCGUGGCGACAGAGCGGCUUAGACCUAGCGGCGGCUCUACGGCGAGUGCCUAUGGCGGAGGCGGGCUGUUCCGCCGCCGCCACGGCGACGCCAGACAUCGACCCCGACUUCGAGCCGCAGAGCCGGCCGCGCUCCUGCACCUGGCCGCUGCCGCGGCCUGAGCUGCCGGCGGAGACUGGCAGCGCGGCGGGCGCGGCGGAGGAGGGUGCGGGCGGCGCGCCGGUGGGGCCCGGGCGGGCCGAGGGGGCGCGGGCGAGCGGCGCGGCGGCGCGAAAGGGCGGAUCUCGGCGCAACGCCUGGGGCAACCAGUCCUACGCCGAGCUCAUCAGCCAGGCCAUCGAGAGCGCCCCUGAGAAGCGGCUUACGCUGGCGCAGAUCUACGAGUGGAUGGUCCGCUCCGUCCCCUACUUCAAGGACAAGGGCGACAGCAACAGCUCCGCCGGCUGGAAGAACUCGAUUAGACAUAACCUGUCCCUGCACAGCAAGUUUAUUAAAGUCCACAAUGAAGCCACAGGGAAGAGCUCUUGGUGGAUGCUCAAUCCUGAGGGCGGUAAAAGUGGAAAAGCACCAAGGAGGAGAGCUGCCUCCAUGGACAACAGCAGCAAGCUGGCGAAGGUCAGGGGGAAAGCAUCCAAAAAGAAGCCUCCUCUCCAGGCUGCUCCAGAAGCCACUGCUGACAGUCCUGGCUCCCAGUUUCCCAAGUGGCCUGGGAGCCCGUCCUCGAGGAGCAACGAGGACUCUGAGGUGUGGAACACCUUCCGGCCCCGCACCAGCUCCAACGCCAGCACCAUCAGCGCCAGGCUCUCCCCUAUCCUGACCGAGCAGGACGACCUCCGCGACGAGGAGCUGCUUCCUUCCCUGGUCUACUCCAGCGCCUCCAGCAACGUCCCGCCGACCGUGAGCGAGGAGCUGGAGCUCAUCGAUGGCUUAAAUUUGAUGUCUUCCAGCUCAUCUGUGUUAUCCCCCCAGCAGUCUGCCUCGGGUGGGCAGAUCCAGAGAGAUUCCAGCUUCUCCUUGCGGCGCCCGGGCGCAGCCGGCCAGAGCGCUCCUUUCGGCAAUUCCCUCUUCAACCCCGUCGAUAUCUCGCUGCAGAGCUCUGUCAGCCAUUUCUCAGCACCCCAGACCUUGGAAGCUCUCCUCACCCCCGGCUCUCCGCCCCCAAGGGAUGUUAUGAUGACUCAGGUGGAUCCGGUUCUCCCGCAGACGGGCAGCAGGAUGAGCAGCCGAACUCUGCUGCUUCUGGGCGGGCAAACCGCCCAGAGCAAGCUGAGCUCGGGCAGCCCGCGAGGGAAGCCUGCGGAGCAGCAGGCAGAGCCAGUCGGUGCCAGCGUUCUGCCAUCAGCGCUUCCCAUAGUGACAUCUCCUCAGAACGCUGCCAGCAUCACCACUUUGAAGGCUCCAGCUUCUGCAGCGGCUGCCCAGUCGGUCCAGCUGGGCAGCCCUCUGCUGCUUUCUUCUGCUAGCCCCGCGCCCUUGGGCUUGAACCAGGACAGGCUCCCCAUUGACCUAGACAUUGACAUGUACAUGGAGAACCUUGAAUGUGAUAUGGAUUACAUAAUCAACAGUGAACUCAUGGAUGGAGAAGGACUGGACUUUAACUUUGAACCCAUUCUGUCUACUCCCAGCUAUCCCAGCACCUCGCAGGCCUCCAACCAUACCUGGGUACCAAGUUAACUUCAGGAGCACAAAAAGUGUCCUUCAGGUUUUGAACAUUGGGUUCUGACUUCACUUCCCACCCCUGGCAGAGAAAAGAAUUGGAGCGUGUUGGAUUCGGUUUCCCUGCACACCAUGCCUUGGGCAGAAGGGGCUGCCCACCUGAGAAGAUGGAGCAACCUGCACCUGGCUGCACCAGACAGGAGGGGAUUCAAAAUCAUCCUGUCCUGUGCCACAGCUCUUCCGACAGACCUGAGCCUCCCUUGGAGCACCUGGGGAGAACGUGGGCGCUGCACAGCCAGAGAGGGGCCCUGGUAAAAGCCUCAGCCAGAAGACUCUGUGCCAGGAAAUGGUGCUCUCCCAUGGGAAGAGUUGGGUUUCCUGGAGGAAUCUUUGUGUGGCUGUCCCCUCUCUGCUGUGGCAGCAGGUCUCUCAGUGCCUCAGACUGGAGGGGGCUUGGCUGCUCUCCCCGGGCUGGCCCUCCGGGGCAAGCGUUUGGAUCCGUUCAGGAAGCCAUCGCGCCUGCACUCGGUGGCC